AUGUCGGCUCCUACUUCCCCGCACUUUAGAAGCUCAGAUUCGCCAUCCCCCAAAUCUCCCCUUUCACCAAAUAUUUCUGCGCCAACAAAUUCGGACUAUUUUUCUUCUCGAAAGCUUAGAUCUAUCACAGAGCAUGUCCAAUAUGAUCAUCCGCCUAACCAACGGGUAAACUCGAUGUCGAGCAUAUCCUUCAGAGGGGGUUCGAGAGGUCCGCGGCCCUUGAAAGACGGGAAGGGUGGGAAAGGAAAGAAGACGCUGACUCGUCCUCGUCUGAGGGGCUCGAGUCCACCUCCUCCACCAAAGUUUAAAGGAAAAGUCUCAUUCGAUAGCAUUGGAUCGCUAUCAGAAGACACAGAGAGGAAUACAAGAAGUUACACUCAGAACUCUAAACAUGAAGGAUAUCAAUACAAACGAUCCUCGAGGACUUUCAUGGUCGGCAUAGACGAGAAUUCCUAUUCGGAUAUCGCUUUACAAUGGAUGCUAGAGGAGCUCGUCGACGAUGGAGACCAAAUUAUCUGCUUAAGGGUUGUUGACAAAGAUUCGAAGUUGAUCACUGACAGAGCCCUGGAGGUCAAGCAAUAUCAGCAGGAUGCGAGAGAACUACUAGAUGCGAUACAAAAGAAGAACGAUGACAAUAAAGCUGUCAGUAUUGUACUGGAGUAUGCCAUAGGCAAAGUUCAUACAACUUUUCAAAAGAUGAUCCAAAUUUACGAACCUGCAAUGCUCAUCGUUGGAACUCGGGGGCGAAGUCUUGGGGGGUUCCAAGGUUUGAUGGGAAACAGAAACUCGUUCUCAAAAUGGUGCUUGCAGUAUUCGCCCAUACCAGUCGUUGUCGUAAGACCCACGGAUAAAAGGUUAAAGAAGAAGCAAAAACGAGAUGCAGAUCCGGCACGUCAAAGUUACACUCGCAUUUUACAAGAGAGUGGGGUUAGCGGACAUGAAACGUCAAUCGUUGCAAGCAAUCUCGAGAGUGCAACUGGUCCCCUUAUUGAAGCGCACGCGGUAGCAGCUGCUCUUGGUUUACCAGCGGAAUUUGAUCCCACAUUGACACCAUUUACCCUUGAAGGCAGCCGACCUCUCAAAAAGAUAGAUUCCGGUAAGAGCGAAGCGACAAGCACCAGUGGGUUUGAUUCUCGACCUCAGAGUCCGGAGAUGAUUGUGAAGAGCCCUAGAUCUGCACAGCUUGAUAGUCCCAUCAUGAGCGGGGAUGAUUCUAGUGAGGGAGAAGGGGAUGAUGAUGAAGGAGAAUUCGAGGCAGUGCCUGGACACUUGUUACUUGGCAACGACGAUAUCCCUCAGCCAAACCCAGAAAUUGAGAAGAAGAAAAAGCUUCAUGAGAUGGAGCUCGAAGAGGCAAAAGCUCUAGGCCGAAAAUCUUCUACUGGCUCUACUGACAGCGUUGAUCCAGAUGGUAGAGGCGAGGGGAAUCGACUAGCCGGCCCGGGCGAAUCUUUAUACGGAAUAUCGAAUGGCGAAUAUCACUCUUACGAAAAUGCUCUGUUAUUGAUACCUUCCUUUAUUUAG